CUUCCUCACUCUCCCUUGCCCUUUCUCUCCUUUUAUAUAUAUACGUGGAAGCUGCAUUUAUUAAGAACAGUUUACAAAGUGUCAACCCCCAAAAGGAAUGUUUUUGGUUGAGAGGAGACAGAGACGAUGAAGAACGAGUUGCUAAUUUGAAGACUAUUCGAGGGAAGGACACCAAUACAAACCCAAAUUUUUUAAAAAUAUAUUAUACUUGACAAGCUUCAAUUGAUUCUUCUUAUCUAAAUUAGUUAUGGGAGGAUUAAUGAGAUUUGGUGAACUAGAAGAACAGUUUGCUCAGCUUUCAGACACUACAGUUGAAGAGAAGAUCCCAUUUCUACAAAUGCUUCAAUGCAUGGAACCAAGUUUUACAACAACAGAACCAAAUCAGUUUCUCCAAUCACUUCUCCAGAUCCAAACCCUAGAACCAAAGAGUUGUCAGUACAACCUUGAAACAACCAUCAAAAGAGAUCCGGGUCAAACAGAAGACCCGGAAAAGGAUCCGAGAACAGAAAACGGAUCAUCAGCAGCAACGGUCGUCGUCAAAGAAAAACGGAAACGGAAACGUACAAGAGCUCCAAAGAACAAAGACGAAGUUGAAAACCAAAGAAUGACUCACAUUGCCGUCGAACGUAAUCGAAGACGACAAAUGAACGAACACUUAAACUCUCUCCGAUCUCUCAUGCCUUCUUCGUUUCUUCAACGGGGUGAUCAAGCUUCGAUCGUAGGAGGCGCUAUAAAUUUCAUAAAGGAGCUAGAGCAACUCUUGCAAACUCUAGAAAGUGAGAAAGGACACGAUAGAACUAACGAAACUCCUAAAACGGCGUCGUCUACUUCAUCUUCUUCUCGUGCAUGCACUAACUCUUCUGUGUCAAGCGUCUCGACGACGUCGGAAGAUGGAUUUACGGCGAGAUUCGGUGGAGGAGAGACGGCUGAGGUGGAAGCUACGGUGAUACAUAACCAUGUGAGCUUGAAGGUUCGAUGUAAGAGAGGAAAAGGACAGAUCUUGAGAGCUAUUGUCUCCAUUGAAGAACUAAAGCUUGUGAUUCUUCAUCUCACCAUCUCUUCUUCCUUUGACUUUGUGUUCUACUCUUUUAAUCUCAAGAUAGAAGAUGGAUGUAAAUUAGGAUCAGCAGACUUGAUAGCGACAGCCGUUCAUCGAAUCUUCGAGCAAAUCAACGGUGAAAUGAUGUGGUCAAAUCUUAGUCGAAGAACUUAGUUGACUUUUUGUAAGUUUUUUAGUCUUCUUUUUCUUCUACCUAGUAUUAUGUGUAGCUUUAGGUUACAAAAAGAAGAGAAGUAAAAUAAAUAAACAAAAAAACAAAUAGAAGAUUUCAUUUUGCGGUAUU